AAACAUGGAAACAGUUGAAGAGGCCCAGAGUGUAUGAGCCGACCAUACAGCCCAGUGAAUUCCCCACAGAGAAAUCCAUCACCAGAGCCCUGAGAAAUACCUCACUUUUUUUCUUCUUGGAAAUGAAGAGGAGUGCUUCUACAUAUGACAUCACAAGAAACUUGAAACCAACAUUUUCAGCAGCCCUCCCUGCUCACACAUUUGCUCCCCUCUCCCCGACUUCUCCCUGAGGUGCUUUGUGCUUCUCUUCGGGGCUCUAAGACACUCCAGUCCUGCCCAAACUACUCCUCUGAACGCAGGAUUUCACAGACCCUGCGUCUGCUCCGGACACCGAGCCAGGCCUGCUUCUGGAGCAGCGGUGAGUCUCUCCAUUCUUUGGGACUUCCCCUAUAUAUGACAGAAUAGGUCCUCCCGUGUCCCGGUCACAGUAUGGAGCUGCAGAAUCUGUCCAAUGGGAACUACCAUGAUGCUGUAGCACCUGUGGAGGGGGGAGUCCCACCAGAGGAAGAGAAGUUCCUGCCUCACAAGAGUGAUGGAUUCUCUCCUCAGUUCACAGACUUUGAGGGUAAAACCUCCUUUGGGAUGUCUGUGUUCAACCUGAGCAACGCCAUCAUGGGCAGCGGCGUUCUGGGUCUGUCAUACGCCAUGUCCAACACCGGCAUCGUGUUCUUUCU